AUGAACUCAGACGCUGCGGACAGAAAGUACCAAGAGAGCGAAGAUCUUUUAAACGUAAGAGUGCUGCAAAGAAAUCUAGUGUAUGCAGUGGGGAUUCCCGUGGAGUUUGCAAGAGAAGAUCUCCUCCGCUCGAAGAGCUUGUUCGGCGGAUUUGGAGAGAUAGUGAAGAUAGUGCUCAGCAAAAGAAAAGAGUCGAAGCCCGAAAAACAGACGGACGGGAUCUUCAGUGCAUACAUUACGUACUUGAAGGAGGAGUAUGCAGUGGAAGCCAUUCGAGAGAUGGACGGCUUUAGGCUGGGGGACAAAGCAGUAAGAUGCACAUUUGGCACCACAAAGUACUGCUCGUUUUUCCUGCGCAAGAUCAAGUGCAGCAACGAGGGGUGUCUGUAUCUGCACGAAAAAGGACGCGAGGAAGACUCGUUUGCCAGAGACCAAAUGUUCGUGCUAAAAACAAAAAUAGAAAAGAUUAUUGAAGAAAGAAAGAUAGAAGAAAAGACAGAAAUAUUUGCAAACACAUCCACAAACACAGGAGCAAGUGCAAAUUUAAGUUUGAGUUUAGCUCCAAGCUCAAACGCAAAUGCAAAAACAUACACAGAAACAGAAAACAUAGAAGAGCUGUCAGCCUUGUUUUUAUUCAAGCCUGAGCAGGCGCUGGCGCAGAAGCACUACGACAGCUGCCAGUUCAACCCGUUCUACAGGAGAACAUCAGAAGACUCGCAUGAGCGGAGUGUCAGAGGUAUAUGUGUAGACAAGUAG